UUCAUCUCACAAUCACCCACAAUCACCCAUUGUAAGAACCGGAAUUUCAAUUCCAGAAUCCAAACAGAAGCCAAGUGAGAAAAUCUCAACUCCAAAAUUUUCUCGUGCAACAAUCAUUAAUCCUGUUCACCACUUUUCUCUGUCGUUGAAAAACUAGCUCUCCCAAUCAGCCCUCCCUCUCAUCUCUCUAGCCAGAGUUUCGAAUUUGUUCUUCAAUUCAAUCUCCUUCCAAAUCCUCUGAAAUCUCAACUCCUUGUUUUAUUUUUUCCCUGGAAACAAACAGAAACCAACUAUGGUUGAACCUUUCUCUGAAGUCCGUCUCCCCCCAUCCGUCCAAUCGAUGCUCCAGAAAAUCUGUAUCGAACAAUGUCAAUCGCCUCCAGAUACUUCGGUCCGAAAACAGCUUGAAUUGCUCGGCGAAGAAGUGUCUCUUGAGAUCCUCAGAAAAAUUUCCACACACAAAAUUUACAAAACUUUGAGUGGUUUCAUAAUGCAUUUAGCCAAGAACUACGCUAGAGCUCCUACUCAACAAGGCAUUUAUCAAUCACCUCAUAAACGGAGCUCAGGUGAUUGCUAUAGUCCAGUGAAUUCACCAAGAGCUUCACAAAUAGAAUCUCCUCAGAGAGUUCAGGCUUUGAAUGUCCUCAAAGGCAAGCAACAACAACAACAGAGGAAAAGAAAACUUUUGCUGGAUCCUGAAGAGGAGACGCCUGAAACUCACUUGGAAGAUGAAGAAACAAAAAAAGAGAAAGAGACACCAUUGAAAAGAAUGAAGAAAAUGACAGUUUUUCCCUUUGAUCUUAUUGGGGACUCUACUCAUGAAGCAGCUGCCAAAGCAGGGGAAGAGGAGCACUCCAAAGAAAUCAUUGUAUUUCAGAGGUCUGAGAAAAGGAGACAGCAACAAGUACUAAGGGAUGAAGCUGCUGCUGCUGAUGCACUCCAAAGAAAAGCUGCAAGGAGACAACAAAUUACUGAACAUUAUGCCUUUCGCAGUUCUCCAACCAUUGCUACCACUUCUGAAACUGCAACAUCUAUUCUACCUCCUCCUUUGAUAAGGAUUUCUUCAGUCUUAUCUAAAGUUCAAAGACUAUUAGAAGCACUCUUGAAAAGGAGGAAGGAAAUCAACACUAAAGUGCCUUUAAGUGUAGAGCCUAUCCAGACAAUUCUUUCACUUCCUGGUUCUACACUUUUCAUACCUUUUUUGAGGCAAAACAAUCCUGUAUCUCUAUCCUUUAGCUUAACUUCAUAUCUUCCUCAUCUAACCUUUACCUCAGCCCAAUUUACUCUUCCUACAAUCUUGGCUGCUCCUUCCCUACAUGAGGAGAUCCCAGUUAUCACUUCAUCUCCAGCAAUAGUUGAUACUCCCAGAGAAGAUACUGGUAGCUCACCAAUUUUUUGUCCACCAUCACUAUCCAGCUCCAGCCCUUCUUCUCUUGACUUACUGGUAGCCAGGACUGUAGACACCACUAGGGACAUUUCAUCUUCCUCUCCUAUCCCUAUACAGCCAUCUCUUCCUUUCAGUAGAGACUUUUCUACACCUCCAAUGUCAGUGGAAGAGAUGGACAUUUUUGAAGCUAGACUGGCUAGCCUUUUUGAUAUAUCUCCUACCAUUCCAACAACCAAUAAUGAAACUGAGCCAUUAAUUCUGGCUGACUCUUUUUUGGAAAUUUUUGAGAGCUCUUCAACUAUCAAUAAGGCUUCCUUACCUCCAUUGGACUUGGGCACCUGUUUGGAAUUGCUGGCAUUAUUCUCAAGGAUCCCAUUCGAAGCCUUACAAAGACCUAUCAUCAAGAAUGGUUUUCUCCAAUGCUGUAAGGUUAUUGAGCAAUCCAACAUGGCUAUUUCAAGUCACUUGUCCCAGGCAGCAGCUACCAUAGAUUUUUAUGUCAACAUCUGCCAAAUUGCCAAGGCUGCAGAAGAGAAGGUAUUAAAAGACAAGGAAUUUGUUUCCCAUAUACAUGCUGAGGUGUCUGAAUUGAAAGGAAAACAUUCUUCUGCUUCUCAAUUUCAAACCCAGCUCUUGGAGAAGAAGGCUCAAUUAGAAGAAGAGUUGUUAGCGGUUAAUCUAGCUUUGGAUCGAACUGCUACAAAGCUGCAAAUCACCAAUCAAGGGCUGGCUGAUCGAAGGCAAGACAUGGCUACUACCAUUCAGUUGUUCCCAUCCCUUAGGAGUAGAGAAUUAAUUGUAAGGGAACAACUGAAACAUUGUAUUGAUUUUUGGGCCAAUUUAUGGCUGCAUGUACUCAACUCUUGGAUAAUAAGGCUUCAAGUACCUGCCACUAAUUUUCUUAGAAUGCACAUAUCCAUUCAGAUUUCUCAAAUGGGACUGUAUUUGAACAGCACCAGAACUCACCUACAAAGGGAAUUAAGAGAUCAGAUUGUGCUGAUUGUGAAGUUUGUCGAAGAGACCACAAGCUGUAAUAAUUGGGUGACUGGUUCUAGUAAUUAUGAUGUUGCAUUCAACAAGAUUGCUGAAGAAGGAAUUCUUGUUGGUCUGAGGCGCUUUCGAUUUUUUGUGUUUAAAGAUGGAGGCAAAGAGGAGAAGAAAAAAAGUCCAACUUCAUCAAUUGUAAAAUGCUACUUUGUAAGAAUGGAGUCUCUUGCUCCUUGCGAUGAGAUAGAAUCUUACAUUUUGUCUAAGAGAACAGUCCAUGAAGCAAGGUGUCUCUUCAUGCAUGUACAAAUGGUCUCUAGCCUCGCAAAAUAUAUGGCUAGGUUUUCCCUUAUUUUAUCAAAGACGACAAAACUUCAAGUCGAUCUUGCUUCCAUCACUAUUGAAGAAAUUGAAGAUAUUUCUUGCCGAGAUGAAAAUAGGUGUGUUGUCUAUAAUGAAGAUGGAGACCCUCUUAUAUAUACUAACGGAACUGGCUAUAUUUCAGAAGAUAUUGCAUUGAAGACUCCCAAAGAUUUUUCCAGAGCAAAGUUUAUAAAUGAUGAAAAUUUUGAGAGUUUUCUUGAUCACGCCAAUUGUGAGGAGAAAUCACUGGAAUUGAGAGGGUCGGAAGCUCAUACCAGGGAGCCGCCUUUGCUGAUGCAGAUCCGUUUGGUUUACAAUGGACGUGCUGUCAAGGGCACCCUUCUUGUCAAUAGAAAGCUUCCAGAAAAAACAAUUCAGGUUAUGUCUUCAAUGAUAAAGGUUGAGGCAGAUUCAAGACUCUCAAAUGUGCAAACUUUUAACUCACUGGAGAUAGUUGGAAUUAGGUAUCUGUUGAGGUGUUUCAAACCGAGUAAUCCUUGGAGCCGUAUCUAUUCAACACCAAAUGCAUGCAACACAAAAAAGCCCAGUGAGCUUUCGGCUGAGGAAUUAGAACAUGAGCUUUUUCAGCUAUUCAGAAGAACAAGGUUUCAGCGAAGUUACAAUAUGAGUGUCGCUGCUGAUAGUUGGCUGGCAUUUGUGGAUCAGCUUCUUAUAUUGGGGGACAGCAGUUCUGUUGAGAAGGACCGCAUGAAAGAAACAAUGCACCAUUUGAUUGAUAUAUACUGUGAGGCUUUAGAUGCUCCCAAGAGUGGGAAAAAGGUUGUAAUUCCAGACGAAAUUAAGGCAGAAAAAUUUCCACAUUACUUGGGAAAGCCAAAUAAGUAUCACUCUACUCCUGUUUUAGGACUUAUUUAUGAGAGGGUUGAGUCAUUUCAAUCUCAAGAUCUCUCAGCAAAAGGUGAGAAGUCUGCCAAUCAUCCUUGCUGUAACGCCCUCAAAAUAUUCCCAUAAAUCAUCCAACAAUAG